GCGCGGGGGCGGGCGCGCUUGCGGCCGCGUGGACGUGGCUCCGGGCAGGUCCCGGGGGCUCCUGCGCACCUGCCCGCGCGGACCCAGGUGUCCUCUCACCUGCCCGGCCCUCCGGCCCGGGGGGAGGACGUCUUCCCCGGAGAGCUCGGAGCCGGGCCCCGACAUGGACUCCGUGGUCUUUGAGGAUGUGGCUGUGGACUUUACCCAGGAGGAGUGGGCUUUGCUGGAUUCUGCUCAGAGGAAGCUCUACAGAGACGUGAUGCUGGAAAACUUGAAAAACCUGGCCGCAGUGGAUGAUGAGACUCAAUUGAAGGCCAAUGGGUCUGUUUCUCAGCAGGAUGCUUAUGGGAAUAAAAUAUCCAAGGGAAACAAAUUGGCAAAGUUCACCAGAAAUGAAUCCUGGGCCUCUGUUUUAGGGGAAAUUUGGGAAGAACUCAGCACGGAAGAUCAGCCCACAAACCAGGGGAGACACCUGAGAUAUCCUGUGGUGGAGAGACUCUCUGAAAGUAAUGGUCAGUGCAGGGGAGGCUCCAGUCAGAUUCCAAAUCUUAAUCUGUAUGAGAAAACUCUUUGUGGAGUUAAAGAGGAUGAAUGCAGUGAGUAUGAGAAAGUCUUCGGGCGUCACUCCCUCGAGAAUCACAUCGCCAUGCACGCUGGACACAAAGCGUAUCAGUGUCAGGAGUGUGGGCGGGCCUAUACCUGUCGUGCACACCUAAGAAUGCAUGUGAGAACCCACAACAGAGAGAGAACUUACGCGUGUAAAUUAUGUGGAAAAACCUUUCCUCGUAGCUCUUCCCUCAACCGGCACGUAAGGAUUCACACUGCUGAGAAAACCUAUGAGUGUCAGCAGUGUGGGAAAGCCUUCAUUGAUUUCUCAAGUCUUACUAGUCAUGUGAGAACUCACACUGGAGAGAAGCCAUAUAAGUGCAAGGAAUGUGGGAAAGCCUUCAGUUAUUCCUCAACUUUCCGGAGACACAUGAUAACGCACACUGGAGAGAAGCCCUAUAAAUGUAAAGAAUGUGGGGAAGCCUUCAGCUACUCCUCAACUUUUCGGAGGCAUAUGAUCUCACACACUGGGGAGACACCACAUAAAUGUAAGGAAUGUGGAGAAGCCUUCAGCUACUCCUCAGCUUUUCGCAGGCACAUGAUCUCACACACUGGAGAGAAGCCCUACGAAUGUAAACAGUGUGGGAAAACCUUUAUUUACCUGCAGUCCUUCCGGAGACACGAAAGGAUUCACACUGGAGAGAAACCCUACGAAUGCAAACAGUGUGGGAAAACCUUCAUUUAUCCCCAGUCCUUUCGAAGACACGAAAGGACUCAUGGUGGACAGAAGCCCUAUGAGUGCAGCCAGUGUGGGAAAGCCUUCAGCCAUCCCUCGUCCUUUCGAGGGCAUAUGAGAGUGCACACUGGGGAGAAACCUUAUGAAUGCAGUCAGUGUGGCAAAACUUUCAACUGGCCCAUCUCCUUACGAAGACAUAUGAGGACACACACCAGAGAGAAACCCUACGAGUGCAAACAGUGUGGGAAAGCCUUCAAUUUGUCUGCUUGCUUUCGAGAACAUGUGUGGAUGCAUCCAGGAGACAAGUCCUAUCAAUGCAAGCUAUGCGGGAAAGCGUUCUAUUGCCACAUAUCCUUACAGAAACACAUGAGAAGGCACACCGCAGAGAAACUCUAUGAAUGCAAGCAGUGCGGGAAAGCUUUCAGUUGGCCUGAACUCCUGCAGCAGCACGUGAGAACACAUACCGCGGAGAAACCCUAUGAAUGUAAGGAAUGCGGGAAGGUCUUCAAAUGGCCGUCAUCCUUGCCGAUACAUAUGAGAGUGCACACUGGAGAGAAACCCUAUGAAUGUAAGGAGUGUGGGAAGGCCUUUAGUUGUUCCUCAUCCUUAAGAAGACAUGUAAGGAUACACACUACCGAGAGACACUACUUAUGCACUGCGGGAAAUUCUGCAGAUGAAUUCAUGCCCCAUGCUUCAGAAAAUCCACACCAGGAGAGAAAUCUGAUAAAAGUUGUAAAUAUGGUACUGCCUUUGUGAGAACCCCAUCAAAGCGGACCCAUGGGGUGUGCAUUUCCAGUUCUUUUACAGAUAAAAACUUGGGUGCAGAAUAGCUCUCCAAGUACUCUUAGCUUUCAUACGAAAGUUUGCAAAUACUAUGUUUUCCCCUACAUUUCAGUAAAUAAACCUAUCUUUACAGUU